CAGAAGACAAACAAAAAGACGCCGCCUGUUUUCUUGAAAUCCUGUUGGGCCCAAAAUUCCUACUCAAAUUGCAAAAAGUAUUUCAAAUUUGGAUUUACAUGAACUACUGCUAGAAAUUUCACUGGUGGAGAGAGAGAGUGAGGAGGGAGGUGGGUUGCCGAAAUUCUUGGGCUAGUAGACUAUAGAAAAAGGAAGCUGUGGGUGUUAGUGUUUGAAUUUUUCUUGUAAUGGGAGAUGAAAAAUCGGAAACUAUGGUGGGGGUAAUCGGGAAUAGCAGUAGAGAAAGAGAUCGAGAGCUUUUGAUACCGGUGGCUGACUCCGUUGACCAUCAUCACCAUCACCAUCAUGAUGAUUCGUCAGAAACCUCGUCUUCCGCUUCUCACCAUAACACAGGCCGCGAGACUUUUUACAAAGUUGUCAGGAGCUGGGCUUCGAAGAAGUUUAUGACGGGGUGUGUCAUCCUCUUCCCAAUAGCUAUUACAUUCUAUAUAACGUGGUGGUUUAUUCACUUGGUGGACGGAUUUUUCUCCCCAGUUUAUGUUCAUCUUGGAAUUGACAUCUUUGGUCUAGGAUUUGUGACUUCUAUUACAUUUAUUUUCUUGGUUGGAGUAUUCAUGUCAUCGUGGUUGGGGGCAUCUGUUUUGAGCCUCGGGGAGUGGUUCAUCAAGCGUAUGCCAUUUGUUCGUCAUAUUUACAAUGCUUCCAAGCAAAUUAGUACUGCUAUAUCUCCAGACCAGAACACACAGGCUUUCAAGGAAGUGGCAAUUAUAAGGCAUCCGCGUAUUGGUGAAUAUGCAAUUGGCUUCAUUACUUCAUCCGUCACCCUCCAGAAUUAUACGGCAGAGGAAGAGCUGUGCUGUGUUUAUGUCCCAACAAACCAUCUUUAUAUUGGUGACAUUUUUUUGGUCAAUGCCAAUGAUGUCAUAAGACCAAACUUGUCUGUCCGGGAAGGAAUUGAAAUUGUUGUGUCGGGUGGCAUGUCAAUGCCCCAGAUACUGUCUACUUUGGACCCGAGAACUAUUCAAGUGGAUAGGAGUAGACCUAACAGAAGCUGAGAUUGAAGGCAUGGGAUGUAUUGCAGACAAUUCAAUGAUAUGUGCACAAGGUUUGCUUAUCUAAGAAAUUUGAAUUUUCCGGCGUUACAUUAUAUUCACAUGAUGUAACCAUUGUCACAGUGUACAUUGUAGGAAUGUAGCGAGUGUGAGGAAAUGUAGUUUGUUCGUUUUUCCGUACGAGGAGAAAUAGUUGUUUAGUAUUAAAAAGAUCAUUCUUUACACGUACUCCUAUUGAGUUAUAGUCUAGUAACUAUUGAGUAAUAGUUUGGUAACUCUUUUCUUGUGACUCUAUUAUUGCAAUUAUAGUUACGGUGAAAUCUUUGGGA